AUGAAAAGGUAAAUUAAUUCAGCUCUUAAAUCUCGUCAAUCCCCUUAAUCAAUUACUAGAUUAAAGAGUGCUGUUUAAUUUAAAUUUUAAAGUGAAACUCCUUAAUGUAGAACAUCUAUUGCUCAAAUGGAAAGAUUAUAAACUGGAACAACUAUGCAUACAUAAUAUAAAACCAAUUUUUCAACUAGAGAAGAUGAAGUAAUUAAGACUUAAGUUUCAGAAAGUAAUUUAAGUAAAGUAACUAAUCUCAGGAUCAGAGUUGAUCCUAAAAGUGAAACAGAUGUAAAGAUGUAAAAUUAUUUUUACAAUAAUUAACCUAUUAAAGUUCAUAGCAAUAUGAAUAUGUAAUCAUAUAUAUUAUUUAUUUAUAGUAUUUCUAAGAGUUCACAGAAAUUAGUUGUUACUUCAGAUAAUUUAUAAACUACGGAAGUUAAAAGAAAAAUGAAAUAUGAUCCUGCUAUUAGAUAAUAAGUUUUUAUACUUAAAAUUAAAGCCAUUAAGAAUCCUUUACUUUAAAAGUUCCUUAGAUUCUUAUUGAGUAAAGAAAAAUAAUUUAUUGAUCUUAUUAAAUUCAAAUAAAACUAAUAAACUAUAGAUUUAGUACAAGAUUUUAUUGAAAUGGCUAUUGGAACUUAAAUUAGUUUGGUUGUGGUAGAAGUUUUAUUGUUUUGUUCUUAAGCUUUAGAGAAUUGUGGUUUAAUUGAAUUAUCAAUUCAUUUAUAUAAUUAAACAAGGUUAUUAUGUAAUCAUUCAAAAUAACAAUAUGAUAUUCAAAAAAUGAAGGCUUUUAUUGGUUUAUCAAAUUGUGCUGUUACAUAUGAAUCAUAUGAAAUUGCAAUUAAAUUCUUAAAGAAAUGUAUACAAUAUGCUUGGUUAAAUAACAAUUUAGAAUUUGAGAAUUUGGUUUAUUAAAAAAUGGGUAUUUGUUAUUUUUAUAUGGGAAAUAUAGAAAAAGUAUUCACAAUAAUUAAUUAAUAUAGGCAUCAUUUUAUCAUGAAAGGAGUAUUACUUAUGAUUUUGAAAUAGAAGAUUCUCCAUUAAGAAAAUUAAGUUGUGAUACUCUAAAAAUAUAUUUAAAUAAACAUUUUUAAAGAAAUUAUGCUGAAACUGUUAAUAAUGCUUUAUUGAGUAAAAUGAACUUUUAGAUACCAAUAGAUAUUAAAUAAUGUUAAGAAAAUUUAAUGAAUUUAACUGAUCUAUCUUAAUCACCUAGACUACAUUUAAGUACUGAAGGAUCAAGAAAAAUGUCUAUUUCUGGUGAAAAUUCAGAAUUAUCUUGUUUAAAAAUAAAUGGAAUGAGAUUACUUAAAGAUAUUUUAUCAUAAUAAGAAUUUGAUUUUUAAGUAUAUACACCUAAGCAUUCAUGUAAUAUUCAAUUAUAUUAUAGUUAGGACUGAAAGUAAAUGUUUUGAAUAUUUAAAUAAUAAGAAAAUUCAUCCUAAAGAUAUUUAUCAUGAUGCAAAAUAUAAAACUAAUCCAUUUGUUAUUGAUGAUCUUGGAAUUAUUAAAAGUAAAAAAACAAGUCAAGCUGAAAAUAUGAGUAAAUACAAACUUCCAUUAGAUUAAUAGAUAGAAAUUAGAUUAUAAUAAAAGUUUUAAAUAAAUUUAUAAGAAAAAAUUCAACAUUAUGUUGGAAGUAGUCAUUAAAAAGCAGAAUAGAAAAAUAAAAUAUUGGUAUUAUUAUUAAAUUAUUUAGUUAACUCAUAAAAAUUAAGAAAAUAGUAAAAGGAAUAAAUAAAUGGAUGAAAUAAAGAAAUUUAAUGCCAUUGCUUUUCUAUACUAAAAUUUAAUAAGUAAAUUAAUUGGUUGA